AUCGGUGCACUCCCACGUUAUUUUUCAGAUUCUAAACAAGUCAGAGGAAAUUGGUCAUAAUUAAUGUUUUAUUUAAGCUCCCUUUUCUGUAGAUUGUGUUCGCUUGUAUGAUCACUCGUUUUUCAAACCUCAACAUUUUGAUUUGCAGUUUUACCGCAUUGAGGCUAAGGGUGUCGUGUGAUCCUCACCAUGUUUCGUCUCAGCUUUUCUCAUGAACUAAUUUUGAUCGUUCGGUAACUCUGUUCACUGGAACACUGGUAGUAAAACACUGUAAAGAAUGUGGAAAAAUCCUCGCUUUCUUCUCCACUCCUGCAGGAGUAAUUUGCAUCAGCUAUGGAGACGAUCAUUUCUAUCUGACUCGUACAGCUGCCAAGAAAUCUGGGACAAACGCAUGACAUCUCCAGAAUUUAAGUCUAUAAAAGUAGCUAACCUUCAUUAUGAAUUAGAUUUGCAGUUUUCUCACUUUGCCAAAGCACCACCUGUAGAAGUAGAUAUGUUAGUGAACUUGGUCCGGAGCGAAGACUCGAUGGAUGAAGUACAGGAUAUACUUCACAAGUUCAGACUUAGUCCUGAGACUAUUGAUACUCUUCCCUCUACUCAUCAUGGUGUAAUCAGGUAUUACCUGGAAGUGGAUCAUAUCAAGUCUCUCAUAAACAUUUUAGAUGACCGUUUAAGCUAUGGUAUUUUCCCAGAUGAUUACCUGAAUAACUUUUUAAUGGACACGUUCCUCAAGCGCAAAUUGUACCUUGAAGCAGCCAAAGUUGCCACUAACCAGGCUUUGCAAGAAACAUAUGAUCAUCCUAUUUCAAAAUAUAUGGGAAUCUACUCAUGUUUAAAGUACCUUAAUGAGCCAUCUGACUGGCAUGUCCAUGACCCUGUGCCAGAACCAGAACCUGAAGAUGAUGUUAAAGUCAAGGUCCGUUUUCUGAUCAACCCAUAUUUUGAUGAUCACUUUGACCUGCGACAGCCUGGUGACUUAAUAGGCAAAACGUUUAUUUUCAUUGGGAAAGGUUUGAAGGAUCCAGUUGGAAAUUCACUGAUUCUGUAUGGCUUAGUGAUGAGAAAGAAGCUGGAGAAAGCAAAGGGUUUUGCUGACACCUUGGCCUCUGGGAAAGAAAAAGUCUGUGGUGAUGUCUUGACACUCGUCGGUGAAGCAUUAAAUGUUGAGAUAGCAGAGGCUGAAAAAGAGGAGUUUGAGAAGAAGAAAAGUGAUUUGCUAGAGUCUCUAAAAAAAAUCGAAAAUCAGACUGUUCCUGAGACUUUAAUAUCACUUGUUGAAGGGAGACUGAAAGAUGCCGUUUCUAAGCAUGAAAUGAAUGAUAUCCAAAACCAAUGCAAAUUGUAUGACCAAUGGGAGAAGGACCGUGUGCACCUGUACCUUGAACUGCUAGAACAACGAGAUCGUGAGCGACGUUUGGCCGAAGUCAACAACAAACUUCGUGAGCUGGAGGAAAAAGAGGAGGAGUUGUACUACUUCCAGAUGAAAGACAAGAUGGAAAUUCAGAUGGAAGAGAAACUCAAGGAAAUCCGGAAACGUGAAGAAAAGCUGCAAGCAAUCAGGAAGGCAGAGGCUGAGGAAUAUAUUCCUCCAGAAAUGCCACGCACUAUAGGAACUCCAAACGAAGCUCCCAAACAGCUGACAUAAGUAUUGUAAAAUUGUGAGGCUCUUUUGUACUUUUUUUGUAAUUAAAGUUGUUCCGUUUGAAUUUA